UAUGCGGAGGUGCUUUCCCUUGCUCAGUGCUAAGGAAAAGCGUGGUCAAUGGAAUCUCACAGUGACCAGAGUCAUCAUCACCAUGACCAUAGCGCCGAUCGCCACCACCAUCAUUCCCAUGGAGAUUCGGGUGCGCAGUCCUGGGUAGGAACCGACGGGAGGGUGUACCAUAGUCACGAUGGUCUAGCACCACAUUCUCACGAACCCAUCUACUCGCCGGGCUUCUUCAACAGAAGAGCUCCUCCUCUUCUCAACAGAGAUUUCAACGAAAGAGCUUUCACUGUUGGUAUCGGCGGACCAGUCGGUACUGGGAAAACGGCUUUAAUGUUGGCUCUUUGUGAACAUCUGCGAGACAAGUACAGCCUUGCUGCAGUGACAAAUGAUAUAUUCACUAAAGAGGAUGGUGAAUUCUUGGUGAAACAUAAAGCACUUCCAGAGGAAAGGAUACGGGCAAUAGAAACUGGGGGAUGCCCACAUGCUGCAAUUCGGGAGGAUAUCAGCAUCAAUCUUGGACCACUGGAGGAGCUUUCCAACUUGUUCAAAGCAGAUAUACUUCUUUGUGAAUCUGGGGGAGAUAACCUAGCAGCCAAUUUCAGCAGGGAGCUAGCUGACUAUAUCAUUUACAUAAUAGAUGUAUCUGGUGGUGAUAAAAUUCCUCGGAAAGGUGGUCCUGGAAUCACACAAGCAGACCUCCUUGUGAUAAACAAGACUGACCUUGCACCAGCAGUUGGAGCAGAUUUGGCAGUCAUGGAGCGUGAUGCUCUUCGGAUGCGAGAUAGUGGACCUUUUGUCUUUGCACAGGUGAAACAUAGGAUUGGGGUAGAAGAAAUUGCGAAUCAUGUGUUACAAUCAUGGGAAGCAGCUACUGGAAAGAAGCGCCAUUAACAUUUCUUUGAAAAACUGUGCCAUGUGUUCUGUCAUUCCAUGGAUAUUACUGUGAACAUCUUCAAAAUAUGUUUUUGUGUUUAUGCGAAAUCUCCUUCUCCUUUACUGAUGUGUUACAUUGCUUAUGGACAUUUUGGAAUAUAGGAAAAGGCGAAUAAAUAAAAAAUUUCUUAUUA